AUGUCGGUGAAUGCCAGAAAGAGCUCAUCAGCUCUUCCCAUACGGGAACCAGGCCAAAACACACAAACAUCACCAGGAACAGUUGUUCGCCCAGAUCAACUGGCGAUCUUCGCGCGAGUAACAUCUUACCCACCACUGGGGCAACUCACCAACAUCCGAAGAUCCGAGGAUGAUGAUGCGUUGCGUUUCACGGUGACAAUCGAAUCCAGCAGCUCAUUCCCCGCACAGCCAUGGGAUGCGCAGAUCUGGCAUAACAUCACCGGUCUCGGAUGGACAGCUCUACCGCUGCAGAAAUCCAACCCUGAGCAUGCAAAUCAAUUAAAUGGAAAUGAUCACGAGUACAACUACCAUCGCCAUGUAUUUUCCGACAAGAUCUCCCUGCCCGCUGAAGGAGGCCAUGCCAAAUUUACAGUACGCUUCCGUACUAGUCCAGACGCCGAGUGGCAGUGGGCCAACCAGAUGCAUCCAGUCAGUGAUGGCGAGAUUGUUUACUGCUCACGGCACUCUGAGUUUUGUCGGUUUGUGGCUAGAGAUCCGUCCGCUCAAAGUCCGCGAGAGGAGAUGGCCAAAUAUAUCAAUAAGUUCUCAGACCAACUACAAAUUCAAUCACAGAGGAGUGAGGCUCCUGGUUCAAAACUUUGGAGUUUAUCAGGUGAUAUAGCUCCGAGCCGAGAAGGAAGCUCAACUAUCAAACGCAUCGUGCUUGGUACACCGUUAUCAGUGUUGAGAUAUUUCUCGCUCGUGCGGGUGUGGAGUCCAUGGUUGGGUCCUAGACAUGGCAAGGACAAGUUUCGACUCACUGAAGACGCAAUACUCUGCUCAUUCCUCAGAAGUGACGGAGUCCACCUGGUGCUGUUGGCUGUAUCAGGCGUCAAUGAUGUCUUGACCGUCUUUCAAUCCGGCAGUAAUGGCAAAAUCAUCAUUAAAGCAAAGAGUGACAAUCAGGACACGUCAAAGUUCCAUAUUCUCGUUGCUGUCGCCGAAGAAUUUGAGAUAGCUAUGUCUGCAGUGAUGUACGAGGCACGAAAGGCUGUCAAACCAUUUGCUGAUGGAGCGGAUGCAGCCUUGCCGGAAGAAGUUCCGCCAUCUCCUCCAGGUGAUGACGAGGUUCUUGUGGAGAAAGAUCCAAGUGCACAAUUCCUUGCUCAAUGGUUUGAUGGUCUGACAUAUUGUACCUGGAAUGGUCUUGGUCAAGAUCUUACCGAAGAGAAGAUAUUGCACGCUUUGGCGGAGUUGAAAUCAAAUGGAAUUCAAAUUGCCAACCUUAUCAUCGAUGAUGGCUGGCAAUCAAAUGACAACGAGGGUCAUUCUCAAUUUAAGAGAGGCUUACAGCAGUUCGAAGCUCACUCGAAAGGUUUCCCCAAAGGAUUGAAAAACACAGUGGAGUCAAUCCGUGAUACCAAUCCCAGCAUUGAACACAUUGCAGUUUGGCAUGCUUUGUUCGGGUAUUGGGGUGGUAUCUCGCCAGACGGCGACCUAGCCAAAAGAUAUAAGAUGAAGGAAGUCAAUAUCAAGGACCCAGCGCCCAACGGCCCUAUUGCGCAGAAUCUUCCCGAGGGCAAAAUUUUCGCUAUUGAUCCUGACGAUAUCCAAAGUUUCUAUAACGACUUCUAUAAUUAUCUUGACUCGGUGGGCAUAGACUCCGUCAAGACAGAUGCACAGUUCUUCAUUGAUCUCCUUGAAGACCCGGAGGACCGCAGGAGAUUCAUGACAUCCUACCAAGAUGCAUGGUCAAUCGCGUCACUCAGACAUUUCAACACUCGCUCAAUCUCAUGCAUGUCAAUGACCCCUCAAAUCAUGUUCCAUUCGCAACUUCCAAACAACAAACCUACCAUCCCGCUCCGUAACUCGGACGACUUCUUCCCUGAGAUACCUGCUUCCCACCCAUGGCAUGUAUUCUGUAACGCACAUAAUUCACUACUCACCCGCUACCUUAACGUGCUCCCAGACUGGGAUAUGUUCCAAACGAGCCAUUUAUAUGCCUCCUUCCACGCUGCAGCAAGAUGCGUAUCUGGCGGACCGAUCUAUAUCACUGACGAGCCUGGAAAGCAUGAUCUGGACUUGCUUGAUCAGAUGACUGCACCAACCGUCAAAGAUGUCACAAUAAUCCUGCGCCCCAGUGUUAUUGGACGCACAAUUGACGCUUACCACGACUACAAUGAGGGAAACAUCUUGCGCGUAGGAAGCUAUACCGGUUGGGCGAAGACCGGAAGCGGGAUCUUGGGUCUGUUCAAUAUCCAUUCUAGCGAGGCCUCAACUAUUGUUUCGCUGAUGGAUUUCCCCGGGAUUCACGACGACUCUCAUGGCUACUACAUUAUCCGCGCACACACCAAUGGGAAGGUAUCCGCUCGCAUGCGGCCAAUUGAUCAAGACUCCCUGGUCUCAAUCGUUCUAGAGCAAAGGGGGUGGGAGAUUCUCACCGCUUAUCCGACCCAAUCGUUUACGCUCAAUGUAAACCAAAGAGCCCAUGGCUCUGUUGACAGGCUGGCUCAUGUGGCCGUGCUCGGCUUACUGGGUAAGAUGACCGGUGCCGCGGCCGUUGUGACUUCUGAUAUAUUCCUCGCUGAGAACGGCCGGUUGAGAUUUGAUAUUAGUUUGAAAGCACUUGGCACUGUUGGAAUUUACCUGUCCGAUCUUCCAGAUAGGAGUAUUGCUCGGGAUUUCAUGGUUAUGAUCCAGGGACGGCCAAUUCCUCAGAAGACCGUUUGGAAGGAAGGGGGAAAGGAUGGUAAUGUGCUGGCGAUCGAUGUGUUGACUGCUUGGAAGAUGAUGAAAUUGGAUAGUGGGUGGAGUAACGAGGUUUUUGUACAGGUCUUUGUCGGAUAA